CUCAAUGAACACAUUCUCCUUGACUGCAAUCUGUCAGAUCAGCAACGCGUUUAUUUCUGUAGCGAACUGGCUAACACCUUGUAAAAUUUCAUCAAAUAGUCUACAGCGGGGUUGUUUAAUACAAUCAGAAUAAGUUAUAUCAAGUUAAGUAUCACUUAACGUGUCUUGUAUCCGGUAAACGCAAAGAAUGACGAACAGUUCAAAGCGGAAAGAAGAAGUUCAUCUCGUCAAUGGGGGUGUAAAGCAGUCCACAUGGAGCAAAGCCUUCAACGGUAGCGCUGUUUGGGAAGAAAAGGACGAGUUUUUAGAUGUGAUCUACUGGAUUCGGCAAAUAAUUGCUAUCAUCCUUGGUGUGAUAUGGGGUGUUGCACCACUAAAAGGCUUCCUAGGAAUAGCCAUAUUCUGCAUCAUCAAUGCUGGCGUCCUGUAUGUAUACUUCAGCAGCUUUCAGCAGGUGGAUGAAGAGGAGUAUGGCGGAACAUGGGAGCUCACCAAAGAGGGGUUCAUGACCUCAUUUGCUCUGUUUCUGGUGGUCUGGAUAAUAUUUUACACAGCAUUACAUUACGAUUGAGGAGUGAAGAGGAAACCAUUGGAUUAAGGACAUUUCUGUUGACGUAAAACAUCAAGACAUGAUGAGCAUAGAACCUCAUGGCGUCUGGUGGUUCUCCACCCCUUCACAGGACUCCUCCGUACGCAGUGCAUUUUGGGAACUGUAGUUUGAAUUCAAUCACCCUGUAAGAUGUUUCUAAUGACCCAUUUAAAACAAACCCAAUGAUUGGAUUCUAGCCCUUCUUUUGGAAUGCUCAAAUACUUAAAAGAAACCCAUCCAUAUCAUCUUUCCACUCUGGAACCGAUCAGUGUUGACUUUCUAGUAGGACUAGAUUUAGGGUUAGUGGUUUAGGUCUGGCCAGUGUCAUUCAUCUAAUCACAGAUCAGUCUCACCUGGCUGCCAGGGCUUUUGUAUUUGUGCAAACAAAAAUGUUAAAAUUAAAAGAAAACAUUUUUAGACUGUCGAUGCAACCUUUAUAAAUACUCACCCAUCCAUCCCUCUUUCCUUUCUUCUCCUCUCCCCUGAGUAGACCACAGCCAGGUCAUCAGUACCAUCAGGGUACUGAGUUCAUCUCUCUGGUUAGUACCCACUACAACUACCCAAACUAGGCUGUGGUGGCUAAGGCUAGCUUUUCUUUUAGGCUUGUCCAAAUCGCCAGGUGACUGAAAUCAGAUGAGAAAGUAAACAUAACUGAAGCUGAAAGAACUGUUCUGUGCACUGCCAUGACUGUUUGUAGUUUUUCUUUGUCAUUUAUCAGUUGUUUGUAACAGGUAAAUGUAGUUUUAAAUGUGUUUUUUUUUUUCCUUUACUUAGCAUCCAGAUCAAAUAGUCUUACCUAAUGUUUGGAUAUUAAUUUAAACCUGUAUGUAAAUUAUGUAUAAUGUCAUCAAAUCUACACUGUAUUCAACUGAUUUAUUUGUACUUUGUGUUAUAUCUUGUUUGAUGUAACAUGUGUCUCAGUAUUUUAUAGUGAAUUAAAUUAAAGUCUGUUCUUGCAAGAUGGCUGUAAUGACACUAUUGUACCAGGUACACAAAUGGCUUUUGAGAGGAUUGUAUUUUCUGAUUGAGAUCUUUUGGGAUUCACAUUAAACAUGGGCUUUGUUCAGCCUCCAUUUUCAA